UUCUAUCCCCCACCACGCCAGCUCUCUAUGCUCCGCCCUCUAUCCCUCCCCCGCCAGCUCUCUAUGCUCCCUCCUACCCCUCCCCGUGCUCCUCCCUCCAACCUCUCUAUCCUCCUUGCAGCCCCACUAACCCCCAGCCCAGGCUCACUAUGUUCCCCCCUCCUCUGGCUCUUUGUUUCCCCCUCCAGCUCCUCUGUCCCCUUCCCUCGGCUCUCCAUGCUCCUCCUUCCGGCCCCUCUAUCCCCAUUCCCCUCCCCCGGCUCUCGUGCUCCUCCCGUCCCGAGCUCGCUCUGCCCGCGGCUUUUCCCCGCGGCUCUCGGUGCGCCCUCACCGGCCACUCUAGCCGCCCUCUCUAUGGCCUGGCUGUGCGCCUCUCGGGGCCGCCCUUCGUGGGCGGAGCUCGGGCUGUUUCUGGGGCGGGGCUGCGGCUGGCGCGCGGGCAGAAGCCGUCGGAGUGUGGCCAGAAUGCACAUGAUUGGGGUUUGCACUGCUUCCCUGGGCUCGCUUGGGCUUAUGCGUUUUUUUGGUGUGCCCUGGUCAUGGAGUCUGGCAGCCACAUUGGGUGUUUACAUUGGCAGCGGAGGAUGGAGGUUUCUCCGUAUCAUCUUUAAGACAGCUCUGAGGGAUCUCUUUGGUCUCUCAGUGCUGAUACGUGUCAAGUAUGAGUUGCGAAAGCAUCAGCGAGCCAAAAACACUAUUCCAAAGAUCUUCCACGAUGUCGUCCGCAGGCACCCUGACAAAGUGGCUCUGAUCUAUGAGUCCAAUGAUGAGAAAUGGACAUUCCGGCAGCUGGAUGAGUAUUCCAAUGCCGUGGCUAACUUCUUCUACCAGCAGGGGUUCCGUCUGGGUGAUGUCAUUGCCAUCUUCAUGGAGAGCCGUCCCGAGUUCGUGGGCCUCUGGCUUGGAAUGGCAAAAGUUGGUAUUGAGGCAGCUCUCAUUAACUUCAAUUUGCGUCUGGAUUCUCUGGUUUACUGUGUGACAACCUCAGGGGCAAAGGCUGUGAUCUUUGGAGGAGAGCUGGCUGCAGCAAUAUCUGAAGUGAAUGGGAUGCUGGGCAAGAACAUGGUGAAGUUCUGCUCUGGAGAUUUUAACCCAGAUUCUGUCCCUGUGGAGACUAAAUACCUUGAUCCUCUUCUGAGUACUGCAUCGAAAUCUCCUCCAGAUCAGAUUGAAGCCAAAGGUUUAGAUGAUCGGCUCUUCUAUAUCUACACAUCUGGCACGACAGGAAUGCCAAAGGCUGCCAUUGUGGUGCACAGCAGGUACUACCGCAUAGCUGCCUUUGGGUACUGUGCCUAUAGAAUGCACCCUGAAGAUAUCCUCUACAACUGCCUGCCACUAUAUCACUCAGCAGGUAACAUCAUGGGAGUCGGCCAGUGUCUAAUCCAUGGCGUCACUGUGGUUAUCAGGAAGAAAUUCUCAGCCAGUCGCUUUUGGGAUGAUUGUACAAAAUACAAAUGCACAAUUAUUCAGUAUAUUGGGGAGAUCUGCAGGUAUCUUCUGAACCAACCAGUACGGGAGGCAGAAGUACAACAUCACGUACGACUAGCAUUGGGAAAUGGAUUGAGACCUACCAUAUGGGAAGACUUUACAAGGCGCUUCAGAAUUAAACAGAUUGGGGAGUUCUAUGGAGCCACAGAGUGUAAUUGCAGCAUUGCUAACUUGGAUGGAAAGGUUGGAGCGUGUGGUUUCAACAGCCGGAUUUUGCCCAAUGUUUAUCCCAUUCGCUUGGUGAAGGUAAAUGAAGACACCAUGGAGCUGAUCCGUGACUCCAGUGGGCUCUGCAUCCCCUGCUGCCCAGGGGAGCCAGGCCUCCUUGUGGGUAGAAUAAACCAGCAGGACCCCUUGCGCAGGUUUGAUGGCUAUGUCAAUGAGAGUGCCACCAAUAAGAAGAUAGCAUGCAAUGUGUUCCAAAAAGGGGACCGGGCAUACCUUUCAGGAGACGUGUUAGUGAUGGAUGAACUUGGUUACAUGUACUUCAAAGACCGCAGUGGGGACACAUUUCGGUGGCGAGGGGAAAAUGUCUCCACCACGGAAGUAGAGGGAAUCCUGAGUCACAUCCUCAGUCAAACAGAUGUUGCAGUGUAUGGAGUGGAGGUACCAGGGGUGGAAGGGAAAGCUGGAAUGGCAGCAAUAGCAGAUCCAAAAGCUAAACUGAGUCCUAAUGCUUUGUAUCAGGAACUACAGAAGGAGCUGCCUCCCUAUGCACGGCCCAUCUUUCUUCGUCUCCUGCCCCAAGUUGAUACCACAGGCACGUUCAAAAUCCAGAAAACCCGUUUACAGAGAGAAGGAUUUGACCCUCAUCAAACAUCAGACCGGUUAUAUUUUCUUGAUCUAAAGUUGGGAAAAUAUGUUCCAUUGAAUGAGUGCCUCUUUGAGAGGAUCCGUGCCAGAAAGGUCACUCUGUGAUCUGGUCUGGGAUGUGUGUCUUGCAGGAAAUGCUACUGACUAGUUUAAGAAGGGACCCUGCCUGUGAAAGCGAGGGAUUCCUGCUAGAUAAGUAGUGCAAGGCCCUCUUGCAAUGCAUUGGCAACCGUGACAAAUUCAUUGGGGUGUAGGAUGAUGUCCUCACAUGUCUUAAUCACAUUAAUUUGUGAGCUAUUCCUAUCCUGGGCAUAGAUAUGCCAUUUCUCUACAGUUCUGUAUCUAGAGAUAUUUUUUUCUCUUUGUAACCACUACAAACUGAGGGACUCUGUGCAACAUGGGAGGUGUUUAUGGUCUGAAUUAUUUAUUGUAACAUCCUGAGGAUGUAACUGAACAGAAAUGAUAUGCCCUGAGCAAGUUUCCUUCUGCUUUAUCUCUCAACUUUAUGUUGCUAUCUAUAGACCUUUAGUUAGUAGCAUUAUUUUCUUCAGGUAGAGCCUUUGAUUGUCCCACCUCACAUUUCUCUUUUUUAACUACACAUCUAAGAUUCGCUGUAGUGGGAAGUUUCGCUCUGAAGUGUCUAUCAUUCAUUUACCUAAAGUAUUCUGUUUGUAUAAUGGGGCCUAGCACAAUGGGGUCCUGGUCCAUGACUGGGGGUCUAGGCAUUACAAUAAUAAAUAAAAAUAGGACUGGGAAUUAAUCAGAUUGUUGACCCCUGGAGUGCAGUCUGUGAAUCUUCACAAACUGUGGUCUGCAGAAUAAAUAGGUUGUUAGUUCACUGAAGAAAGUAGAUUGGGUGUAAAUGGCUAAAAAGCAUAAUUAGGGGCACAGCACAAAAGCUCAUGCUCAAAUAAAUUGGUUAGUCUCUAAGGUGCCACAAGUACUCCUUUUCUUUUUGCGAAUACAGACUAACAUGGCUGUUACUCUGAAACUCUGCCUAGGGACAUUAUGCCAGUGAACAAACAAUGUAUUUAAACUUGUUACUGGGCUAGGUAACAAUGAGGUAAAUGGCAGGUCUUGACAGAGGAGUCACAUGGUAAUGUUACACCUUUUAAUGCUAAUGUGAGGUCUUAGGAAAAGUUAAUUGUAAUGUUGCUGUGUAUUUUCUUUAAUUUUAUUUUUAUAUUUACUGGUAGUUUUCAUCUUUAAAUUGUGCUGCCCUCUGCUGGAAAUGAGUGGCAAUUGUUGAACACCAAUGAAGGCCACAUAUGACAAGACAAAUAGGAACAUAAUAAUUUUAAUGUCUACUCCAACCUCAAUUACAAUUUUAUUUUCUGUUUAAUGUGGGCAAGUCCAUUAACAGACAUUUCUGAUGUACUUGUUUUCCUUGAGCUUUUACCACAAUUAGAACUAAAUGUAACUCUUAAAAUUGGAGAAUUAAAGGGAUUGACUUUCACAGGUGCAUGUGUGCUGUACUCCACCUGUCCUAACAAUGGAUUAUUUUCUCAUUUUAAUCAUAGAAUCAUAGAAUAUCAGGGUUGGAAGGGACCUCAAAAGGUCAUCUAGUCCAACCCCCUGCUCAAAGCAGGACCAAUCCCCAACUAAAUCAUCCCAGCCAGGGCUUUGUCAAGCCUGACCUUAAAAACUUCUAAGGAAGGAGAUUUCACCACCUCUCUAGGUAACGCAUUCCAGUGUUUCACCACCCUCCUAGUGAAAAAGUUUUUCCUAAUAUCCAACCUAAACCUCCCCCACUGCAACUUGAGACCAUUACUCCUUGUUCUGUCAUCUGCUACCAUUGAGAACAGUCUAGAUCCAUCCUCUUUGGAACCCCCUUUCAGGUAGUUGAAAGCAGCUAUCAAAUCCCCCCUCAUUCUUCUCUUCUGAAGUCUAAACAUCCCCAGUUCCCUCAGCCUCUCCUCAUAAGUCAUGUGUUCCACUCCCCUAAUCAUUUUUGUUGCCCUCCGCUGGACAUUUUCCAAUUUUUCCACAUCCUUCUUAUAGUGUAGGGCCCAAAACUGGACACAGUACUCCAGAUGAGGCCUCACCAAUGUCGAAUAGAUGGGAAUGAUCACGUCCCUCGAUCUGCUGGCAAUGCCCCUACUUAUACAGCCCAAAAUGGCCGCCUUGGCAACAACGGCACACUGUUGACUCAUAUCCAGCUUCUCGUCCACUGUAACCCCUAGGUCCUUUUCUGCAGAACUGCUGCCUAGCCAUUCGGUCCCUGGUCUGUAGCUGUGCAUGGGAUUCUUCCGUCCUAAAUGCAGGACUCUGCACUUGUCCUUGUUGAACCUCAUCAGAUUUCUUGGCCCAAUCCUCUAAUUUGUCUAGAGCCCUCUGUAUCCUAUCCCUACCCUCCAGCGUAUCUACCUCUCCUCCCAGUUUAGUGUCAUCUGCAAACUUGCUGAAGGUGCAAUCCACACCAUCCUCCAGAUCAUUAAUGAAGAGAUUGAACAAAACUGGCCCGAGGACCGACCCUUGGGGCACUCCACUUGAUACCAGCUGCCAACUAGACAUGGAGCCAUUGAUCACUACCCGUUGAGUCCAACAAUCUAGCCAGCUUUCUGUCCACCUUAUAGUCCAUUCAUCCAGCCCAUACUUCUUUAACUUGCUGGCAAGAAUACUGUGGGAGACCGUGUCAAAAGCUUUGCCAAAGUCAAGGAACAACACGUCCACUGCUUUCCCCUCAUCCACAGAGCCAGUUAUCUCGUCAUAGAAGGCAGUUAGAUUAGUCAGGCCUGACUUGCCCUUGGUGAAUCCAUGCUGACUGUUCCUGAUCACUUUCCUCUCCUCUAAGCGCUUCAGAAUUGAUUCCUUGAGGACCUGCUCCAUGAUUUUUCCAGGGACUGAGGUGAGGCUGACUGGCCUGUAGUUCGCAGGAUCCUCCUUCUUCCCUUUUUUAAAGAUGGGCACUACAUUAGCCUUUUUCCAGUUGUCCAGGACCUCCCCCAAUCACCAUGAGUUUUCAAAGAUAAUGGCCAAUGGCUCUGCACUCACAUCCGCCAGCUCCUUUAGCACUCUCAGAUGCAACGCAUCCGGCCCUAUGGACUUGUGCUCGUCCAGCUUUUCUAAAUAGUCCUGAACCAAUUCUUUCUCCACAGAGGGCUGGUCACCUCCUCCCCAGGCUGUGCUGCCCAGUGCAAUAGUCUGGGAACUGACCUUGUUCGUGAAGACACAGGCAAAAAAAGCAUUGAGUACAUUAGCUUUUUCCACAUCUUCUGUCACUAGGUUGCCUCCCUCAUUCAGUAAGGGGCUCACACUUUCCUUGACUUUCUUCUUGUUGCUAACAUACCUGAAGAAACCCUUCUUGUUACUCUUAACAUCUCUUGCUAGCUGCAACUCCAGGUGUGAUUUGGCCUUCCUGAUUUCACUCCUGCAUGCCCGAGCAAUAUUUUUAUACUCUUCCCUGCUCAUUUGUCCAAUCUUCCACUUCUUGUAAGCUUCUUUUUUGUGUUCAGAUCAGCAAGGAUUUCACUGUUAAGCCAAGCUGGUCGCCUGCCAUAUUUACUGUUCUUUUGACUCAUCGGGAUGAUUUGUCCCUGUAACCUCAAUAAGGAUUCUUUAAAUUACAGCCAGCUCUCCUGGACUCCUUUCCUCCUCAUGUUAUUCUCCCAGGGGAUCCUGCCCAUCAGUUCCCUGAGGGAGUCAAAGUCUGCUUUUCUGAAAUCCAGGGUCCGUAUUCUGCUGCUCUCCUUUCUUCCCUGUGUCAGGAUCCUGAACUCGACCAUCUCAUGGUCACUGCCUCCCAGGUUCCCAUCCACUUUUGCUUCCCCUACUAAUUCUUCCUUUUUUGUGAGCAGCAGGUCAAGAAGAGCUCUGCCCCUAGUUGGUUCCUCCAGUACUUGCAUCAGGAAAUUGUCCCCUACACUUUCCAAAAACUUCCUGGAUUGUCUGUGCACUGGUGUAUUGCUCUCCCAGCACAUAUCAGGGUGAUUGAAGUCUCCCAUGAGAACCAGGGCCCGCGAUCUAGUAACUUCUGUGAGUUGCCGGAAGAAAGGCUCGUCCACCUUAUCCCCCUGGUCCAGUGGUCUAUAGCAGACUCCCACCAUGACAUCACCCUUGUUGCUCACGCUUCUAAACUUAAUCCAGAGACUCUCGGGUUUUUCUGCAGUUUCAUACCGGAGCUCUGAGCAGUCAUACUGCUCCUUUACAUACAAUGCAACUCCCCCACCUUUUCUGCCCUGCUUGUCCUUCCAGUUUAUAUCCAUCCAUGACAGUACUCCAGUCAUGUGAGUUAUCCCACCAAGUCUCUGUUAUUCCAAUCACAUCAUAAUUCCUUGACUGUGCCAGGACUUCCAGUUCUCUGCUUGUUUCCCAGGCUUCUUGCAUUUGUGUGUAGGCACUUGAGAUAACUCGCUGAUCGUCCCUCUUCCUCAGUAUGAGGCAGGAGCCCUCCCCUCUCGCGCGCUCCUGCUCGUGCUUCCUUCCGGUAUCCCACUUCCCCACUUACCUCAGGGCUUUGGGACUAAUCGUGUCGUCCCGAGCAGCUGAUUAUUCCCUUGUUUUAGAGGCAUUUGAACUUACCAUAUCUGGUAGUGGCAGCUACUGCUGGUGUAUCCAGCGAUGUGAUGCCUUAAAGGAACUUUCAGUGGACUAGUACCUUUUAUGCAAUUUAUACUGGAAGGACCAUAUUCUGUUCUGUAAAAAGAAAAGGAGUACUUGUGGCACCUUAGAGACUAACCAAUUUAUUUGAGCAUAAGCUUUCGUGAGCUACAGCUCACGAUUGAGCUGCAGCUCACGAAAGCUUAUGCUCAAAUAAAUUGGUUAGUCUCUAAGGUGCCCCAAGUACUCCUUUUCUUUUUGCGAAUACAGACUAACACGGCUGUUACUCUGAAACCUGUCAUUCUGUUCUGUUUCACCCUGGGCAGUUCCAAUUACAGUACUUCAAUAACACUACAUGGAACAUAAGAAAAAAUUUUAUUCUGCCCUUUCUCUGGUGGAGUUAAUGCUUCAUCUAAAAUAUUUUUAUAAAGUCUUGCGGAUGCUUUUGAAACACAUUGUUUUAAUGUUUAAUGCACUCAAGAAACUGGACCAUCACUAAUGGUUUAAAUACUGAAUGCAUCCGAUGAAGUGAGCUGUAGCUCACAAAAGCUUAUGCUCAAAUAAAUUUGUUAGUCUCUAAGAUGCCACAAGUCCUCCUUUUCUUUUUGUGAAUACAGACUAACACGGCUGCUACUCUGAAACUGGUUUAAAUACUGAUUUUUAAAAUCUGGAAUGUGCCUUUUUAUCAGGACAGGCACUAAAAAAAGUCAUUUAUGGUAAGAAUGAACCUAGUUAUCUGGAACUAUAACAUGCUCAAAAAGAAAAUGAGGGAGUCUGCAGCUUGGGAACUGAGCUGACCAGCCGCAGGCUAUAACUUUAAAUAUACUAAAGUUUCUUGUAGUUUAAAGGACCAUGUAUUGACUAAUUAAACUCUUAAAACAAAAUUUUUUUCAGUCUGAUCACUAUAUUGUCUAACUAUUAUUUGUUUUACCAAACUCAGAAAUAAAAACAAACACAUUAAAACAAA